AUGAGCUUUGGAAACGGGAUCAACGAUAUCACUCCAGGAGCCCUCAUCCCAUACAUCGAGAAACGAUACAACAUCGGAUAUGCUAUCGUUUCUCUCGUUUUCGUUGCAAACGCCGUGGGAUUCAUUCUCGCAGCGCCGAUCACUCACGUACUUGAGAGAAAAGCUGGACUUUCAAAAAGCUACGGAGUUGCCAUGGCAUCGUUUAUUGUCGGCUAUGCCAUCAUUGUGUCUGAGCCGCCAUUUCCCGUGGUCGUGGUGACCUGCCUAUUGUAUGGCUUUGGGUUAGCGGUCAACUUGGCACUCAGCAAUGCUUUCUGUGCUACCUUACCGCGAACGACUAUUUCGCGAGGCUAUUUACAUGGUGCCUAUGGUGUUGGCGGAACCAUUGCUCCGAUCGUGGCAACAGGCAUGGCGUCGAAUGGGAUUCGGUGGUCCUUGUUCUAUGCGAUUCCCUUGGCUAUCGCGUGCAUCAAUAUGGUAUUCGCGUUGUGGGCAUUUUCUCAUCGAAAAGACAACCAGCUGCCCCGGAUCGAGAGGACUUCAUCCAGCGUCACCUCCGAGACUAUGUCCCGUAUGCAAGUUCUAAAACGGGCCCUACGAAACCGAACAACUCUGCUCGGCGCUCUGUUUAUUUUCGUAUACCAGGGCGCCGAGGUCUCUAUUUCCGGUUAG